CUGCUGUGCAGGCCCCCCACACCUGAUUAUAUUAUUUCAGCUGUUGUUCUGCACUCACCUUCAGUGUGGGCUCCACUAUGGACCGCGAAACGGAUGACUGCCACAGGACACAGAUGGAGAGGAAAGCCUACAUGCUGCAGUAUGAUGGAUGACGAUAGAAGCGCGCUGCACAUCCUCAAGGAGCCUCAGAUGAGAGGAGAGGGGGACAGACUUCGAACUUUUCAGAACUGGCCGGCAGAUGCCCCUGUCAUAUCUGGAGACUUGGCCAAGGCAGGCUUUUUCUUUUUAGGUUCCAGAGACAAAGUUCAGUGUUUCUGCUGUGGAGGAAUUCUCAGACACUGGAUACGCGGGGACAGCCCGGCAGCUGAACAUAAGCGGCAUUUCCCUACUUGCAGUUUUAUUCUGGGUCAAGCUGUUGGAAAUAUUCCACUCCAAUCAGGCUCUUCAGACUCUGUGGAUGGUCAACUCAUAAGCCAGCUUCAGAGGAUGACUAUGGAUGACCAGGGCACAGCUGGACAAGCAGUCUACCCGGAGAUGGAAGCUGAGGCUUCGCGGCUCACCACUUUCCAUAACUGGCCUACUGAUGCCUCGGCCCAGCCGGAAGCUCUUGCCAGAGCAGGAUUUUUCUACACAGGUCAUGGUGACAAUGUCAAAUGCUUCUUCUGUGAUGGUGGGCUGAGGAACUGGGAGCCAGGCGAUGACCCCUGGCAGGAACAUGCCAAAUGGUUUCCACGAUGUGAGUUUUUAAUCCAGUCAAGAGGCGAAGAGUAUAUCAGCAACAUACAAGAUGUGCAUUUCCAUCUGGGUGACAGUGUGGGAGGAUCACAGACUUCCACUGGCAGAGAUAUUGGUUCCAGAAACGAUGUAGUCGGAGGUCUGGGAGCUUCAUCGGCCAUGCUGUCCCCUGUGGUUCAAACUGUGCUCCAGAUGGGCUUUGAAGCCCCCCUGGUGGAGAGUCUGGUCCAGUCCAAGUACCUCCUGACCGGCCAGUACUACACAUCUGUGUCUGACCUGGUAACCGAUGUAUUGCAAGCAGAGGAGGAGGACAGGCAUCGGGGGCCAGACACAACAGAGCUGAGGCAGGGCUCCAGUGCAGGAAACGUGAGGACACAGACACCUGUCCGAGAGAAAGUCAAGGACUCCAGUCCUGAGGAGCUGCUCAGGCAGCUGCAGGAAGAGCGGACCUGUAAAGUGUGCAUGGACAAGCUGGUGUCCAUCGUCUUCAUCCCCUGUGGUCACCUUGUGGUUUGUGGUGACUGUGCUGCCAGCCUGCGCCACUGCCCCAUCUGCAGAGCUGUCAUCAGAGGCAGCGUUCGCGCUUUCAUGUCUUAAGGUUGGAAUGAAACCACACCCCUAUACAGGUGUUGCAUGAGUGCCCUUUAGCUCCCACUGUCCUCGAUUUCUCCUAAACUGAAAGAAAAAAAGAGUGCUGGCUGAUAGUUUGUCUUAUAUUGCUGAUUCUUUUCUAUAAUAAAGUAUUCAAGU